AUGAACAGAAAAGCUAUGGACCGAAGAAAGAGAGUCGCUAUUGUUGGAGCAGGCCUCUCUGGUCUGGCGGCCAUCAAGUCGUGUCUGGAAGAAGGGUUGGAACCUGUGUGUUUUGAACAAUAUGACGACAUUGAAUACAGAGAAGGACAGGGCGCAAGAGCCUUCGAUUAUCUGACCACCAACGUCAGCAGGGAGAUGAUAGGGUUCAGUGACUUCCCUUACCCCUCAGACCUUCCGCCAUUCUUGAGCCGCACCAUGGUCUACGACUACGCCCAGAGCUACUGCGAGACGUUCGGUCUCCGCAAACACAUUCACCUCCGAACCAGAAUCGUCAACAUAAAGAAGGCUGCUGACUACAACGUCACGGGAAGAUGGCAGGUGGAGACAAUGGAUGCCCAGAAGAAGACGAAAACGGAAAUCUAUGACUUUGUGAUGAUCUGUUCUGGCUUCUACAAGAAGCCCCGUAUACCUUCCAUUGAAGGAAUGGAGACAUUCAAAGGGACCCUUGAACACACAUACAAGUUCAGAGAUGGUUUGCCCUACAAGGACAAGAAUGUUCUUGUCAUUGGGAACUCCCAUUCAUCCGGGGAUGUGUCAGUGGAGUCUUCCUGUUAUGCAAAACAGGUGUAUUACAGUGUAGGAGACGGAAUGCUCUUGUUGCCAUUAUGCGUCAGAAACGGACAACCGUGGGACAUAGCUGUCUUCAGAAGGUCCAAGAUGUGGAAUCCAACGAAAUUCUUCAAGCUGGUGGUCGACACAUGCAAUGACCGUCUUGAUCACAACAAGGCGGGAAUCGCCCCCUCAACUCCCCCAUCAAGGACCAGAGUAAUGCUCAACGACAGAGUUCAGUAUAAAAUCAUGAAUGGACGCAUUAAAGUUGUCAGUAGACUUAUCCGUCUUGGACCCCACGAAGCCGAAUUCGAUGACGGCACUGUCCUGAAGAACUUGGACGCCGUUUUGUUUGCAACUGGAUAUGAUUUUUCGAUGGACUUUAUGGAUGAGUCAUUUCAAGGAGAGGAUCGAAAGCUGGGUCUGUACAAGAUGAUGUUCCCCCUACAUCAGCACCACACGCUGUCUGUUGUGGGUUGUGUGGACUCCGAUGGACCAAUCCCACCACUUGCAGAGCUGCAGAGCCGCUUCAUUGCACUGGUGUAUACCGGCAAGCUUCGCCUGCCUUCACUGAAAGCCAUGACUGACGUGACGGAAAAGAUGAACGCCGAAAUCUUCGAAACAUUUGGACGCUACAAAUAUCUGAUACACAACCUUCCUUACCGAGACGACAUUGCAAUGCAGAUGGGCGUUGCCCCCUCCUUGUUUGACUUGAUCAAGGCAGGUCCAAGACUCGCCUACCAAUACUACUACGGACCUGCCUUCCCAUACCACCAUCGACUGUGGGGGCCGCAUUCCUGGAGCGGAGCCAGAGAAGCGAUCGACCAUGCCACAGAGCACGGGCACUAUGGCAAGCAAAUGCGACAUGUCCAAGUGCCGGACAUUCCUGCAACAAACCGCUUCCUCAGAUUCAUAAUUGUUUCUGCAAUGAUUCCCAUGUUGGCUUUGGCCUAUCAGAAGAGGGAGUGUUUCUGGCUGCCAGGGUGA